AUGGGGCGGCAGAAGGGCGGCGAUGCGACGCGAUCCAAGAAUCGACCAGCCAGCAGCAGCCUGGCCGCCUCCCUGCUGGCAGCGGGCGCAGGCAGCGCGGCUGGCGGACCUGGAAGCGCCCCCCGCCCAGUGGGGUUCGGGGGAUACGUGGGCAGUGCGCGGGUGCAGACAGCAGCCGCGGGGGCGGCUGCGGGGGGAAGGGAGAGCGCUGAGGGCGGAGCAGACGGAGGGCGGGAGGGGCAAGGGGGAGCAGCGGAGGCAUGUGCGGGCAGCGGGGCAAAGGAGCUGGUCAUUGGGGCGGUGAGCGCUGGCCGGGGGAGGGGGGAAAAUAGGGAGAAGUUGGGGUUUGCAGCGGUGCAUGCACAGCCUGCAUGCACCACAUGCCACCGUUUCACCACUGACGUGGGCGGCGAGGCAGCGGCGCAUCUGAGGCGGCUGGCGAAGAAAGACGCCACCACCAAGUUGAAGGCGCUAGAGGCGCUUCAGGGGGUACUGGGCGGCAGCAGUGCCGCGCAGAUGCAAGCCAUGCUGCCCGCGUGGGCGUUUGAGUAUCGGCGGCUGGUGGUGGACGGCAGCAGGGCAGUGCGCCUCGCCACACACGCCACCAUGACUGUGCUCGUCAAGGGCGUGGGCAAGGGCCUAGCACCGCACCUGAAGCAGGUGAUGGGGGCGUGGUGGGUGGCGCAGUUUGACUCCUCCCGUGACGUCGCUGCUGCCGCCACCCUCUCCUUCCAGGUGCGUCACAUGCCUUACCAGCCUUCAUCUCAUCCUUCUGCCCACGCUGCUGCUCAUCCCGGGGCAGCUGCUAUGCGCUUCUCAUCCAUCCCAAUUGUCUUCUCCUUCUCACCUCUCCCCCACCGUCCUCCAGACAGCCUUCCCCACCCCCGCCCGCCGCAUGGAGGCCUUAGCAUUCGCGUGGGAGGCGGUGGUGGGCACGCUGGCAGAGCUGCUGCCCGCCACCCCGCAGUCGCUCGCUGCUGCCGACCGCAGCCUGAGCGUGGAGGAGGCCAAGCACCGCCUGGACGAGCCUACCACGCACUGCCAGCUGUCCUGCUCUCAUUGGGCCCGCGGGGGCAGGAGCAGGGGGGAGUUGCGGCGGCAAGCAGCAAGGGGAGAGAGAGCCAAGAUGAAGGGGGGCCGGGAGGGGGAGGCGGAGAGAGGGGAGGAGGGGCUGAAGUGGAGGUGAUGGGGGAGGCAGAGGUGGUAGAGAAGGUGGGACCAGUGGUGGCAGCGGCCAUGGGGGAGAAGGCAUCGCCAUGCCAUGGCGCCAUGUGGGAGUUGGUUCUAGUGGCCUCGCGCACCUGCCCCUCCCUCUGGGCCAACCCUUCCUUUCUUAAAUCCGCUCUGCCGAAGCUCUGGGGUUUUCUCCGAGCCGGGUGUUUAGGCUCGGCAGCGCAGUCGUACCCGUGCCUGCUGCCGCUGCUUUCGGUGUUCUUCCGAGCCAGGCUGCACCAAUCACAGGGCGUGCUGGUGCCGUUCUUCUCAAGCCUGUGGCAGGGACGGCUUGUCCACGUGGCGCGACCCGAUUGGCUGGCGCUGCUGACAUGUGUGAGGGAGUGCUUGGUGCUGAGUGUGGUGCAGCUGAGGCGAGAUGAGGAGGGGAGGGCAGAGGGGGAUGAGGAGGAGGAGGUUGGGGAAGGGGAGCAGAAGGAGGGUGGGAGAGAAGGAAAGGUAAUAUCUGCUGCGGAAUUAGUAAAAGUGGUGUUGUGGGAUUUGUGCUUCCUGGACCUCCUUCCCGAGCCUAAACACACAGGCUCGGAUUCACACAAUUCAGAAAAGACGGAGGGCACCGGUGGAAAGACCCAAGGGGAGAGGGGCGGGGUGGCAGCAGGUGAGAGUAAAGGCGGGAGUGCUUGGCUGGGAGCGGUGGUGGCGUGUGUGGGAGAGACUGUGAGACAGAUAGUGCAGGUGGAGAGGGGGAAGGGGUGGAAGGGGGGCGGAGAGGAGAAGGAAAGGCAGGGAAGUGGCGAGGCGCAGAGGGGGUCUGUUCUGGACGGCUUCUGGUCGUGUGUGGUGGAUGCCGUGCUCUCUGCUGUUCAUGGCCCCCCUGCUGCUGCUGCUGCUACUGCUGCGCCCCCUCCUGUUGAUGCUGCCAAGAAUGAGAGCACGGGGGAGGGUGAAGUGGUGCUGCUGAGGAGAGCGCUGGCAGGGAGCGCUGCUGCUGAUGGCGGUCGCAGCACAGGCAUGGGCACAGGCGAGGGCAGCACAGUGCAGGCAGUGCUGUCGCUGCUGCAGCAGCUGAAGCCCACAGCAGCAGGCAGUGUGAGGGGCAGUGACAAGCGUAGCGAGUGGGUGGUGCCCUCAGUGGUGUCACCCCUCAUGCACCGACUGCUGCCUCUCGCGCUCGCGCUUUCCCCCCCUUCCUCUCCCCUCCCGUCCUCUCCCCCCUCAUUUUCCCCCGCCCACAUGGAAGCUGCAGCAGCCAUGGCAGCAGCGCUGGUGGACAUGUUUGGAGCACCAGCCAUCCUUUGCCAGCUGGUGGCUGAUGAUUGGACGGGCGGCGCAGGUGCCGCGGAAAGCAGUGGCAGUGGUGGUGGGCACAAGACCCCCCUGCAGCUGCAGCUGCUGGACUUGCUGUUGCCGGAGGUGGAGGUGGCGGCAGGAGUGGGUGCGAGUGGCGGUGCGGAUGGGAGGGCGGGCAGUGCUGUGUUUGUGCUGCACCAGGCCGAGCACGAGACACAGGCGGCAGAGGCAGUGGCAGCAGGUGGGGGUCAGAGGGGAGGUCUUUCCUCCCUCAACAUGCCCGCUUGCCUCCUCGCUGGACUUCUCUCCUCGCUCUCCGCCCCCACCUCUCCCCUCACCCCCACGGCCAGCACCGCUCUUGACCGCUUGGCCAUGCACGUGGCUGCAUCCACGCCGCUGCUGCUCCUCCCCUCCUCCCAGUGGCUCCUCCGAACGCUCCUCUCUGCGCCUCGUGCUGCUCCCACGUCCAUCCCUCUCCCCUCCUCGCAUUCCUGGCUGUCCCCCUCCUGCCUUGCCUCGGUCUACGCCUCUCUGCACUCGCACCUGCUCUCCUCCCUCCUCCUGCUCUCCUCCUCUCCCUCCCUCCAAACUCUCAGUUUCAUGCUGCAGCCGCUGCUGCUGCUGCUGAGGCGAGAGGGAGGUGCAGGGGCCGAGGGGAUGGAGGCAGGAGCAUCGGAAACAGCAGACUCAGGAGGAGGAGGUGAGGGGGAUGCCACGUCAGCACAGGCUGAGCUGGCAGCGUGCCUGGACGUCCUGGAGCCCCUAUGGUCCGCCUCCCACGCGUCUGCCAGCAGCACAGGCUCUGCUGAGCUGUCGCGUGGUGAUUGGCUGGUGGUGGCAGCUGCGUGCUCGUCUUACGUUGUAAGCUGGUGCCUGGGAGGGGCCCUGCUUGCUGCAGCCAACCAAUGGGUCUCGCUCCUCUCACACCCUGCUGCCACCAGUCACACCGCCAUCACUGAUUUCACUACCACCACUCACACUACCCAUGCUUCAUCAGCCACCCUCACAGCCCCUACGCCAGUGGUUACCCUCUGUGCACGCCUGCUCACUCGCUCUCUUGCCACUGCUGCUACGUCUCCUCUCUCCCACUGCCGCCCACACCUCUGUGCGCGCUGGGCGGCGGAUCUUGUCCGUUUCUUCCAGCUGCAAGCCAGGAAGGAGGGGGCGGAGAGGCAUGUGAUUGGGUGGAUUCUAGCCGACCUCGAGAUAAUGGGCGGAGGUGAACACAGGUGGCCUCGAUUUGUGGGUUGCGUCACUGACUCUUCUGGCACGGCUGGUUCCCGUGAGAGUGAUACGACAGGGUACAGUCACAUAGACAGCAUCAUCAACGCACUGCCGCCCCCUCCUCGUCCCUCCUCCACAAUCUCCCAACCCCCCUCACAUCUCCACCUCUCCUCCCGCCUCCUCCAUUUCCUCUCUCACCUCACUCAAAUCCUCGGCCCGUCUGCCGUCUUCUUCUGCCCAGCGGGCAGCGGGCGGGCGGCACUGGCGGUUGAAAUGAUGUGCGCGUGGCAGGAGGAGCACUCCCUGCGCCACCACCAUCACUCCACCAUCACGCCACGUGGCAGCCUCUCAUUGGCCGAGGGUGACGGCCUCGGGAUUGGGCCGGCAGUGGUGGUGGAGCUGUUGGUGCGAGGGGCACGGCAGGUGGGGGAAAAGGAAGAGGUAGAAGGAAGUGUGGAGGGAGGGGCAGCAGAGGGAGCAGGAGUGGGAGGAACAGUAGAGGGCAGAGCGGAGGGAAGGCUUGUGAGCGAGGUGGUGAGUGUGUUGGUGCAAGUGGCGUCCCAGGGUAUUGACCCACCUCGUGCCAGUGCUACCGCUGCCACUCCCACACAUGCUUCCUUUGCCCUGAAGGCACUCUGCGGGCUUCUCAGAAGGUUCCUUGCAGCAGGGGCGUGGGGUCCACAGCAGGCGUGGCGGGUGGUGCGGCAGCAGCUGGCCGCGCUGAAGGCGGAGAGGGAGGGCCGUGGCAGCUCCUCCCAUGGGCAUGCUGUGGCGGUGGGAGGGCGAGGGAGAGUGCGCGUGGUGGCAGAGGUGGUGGGGAUACUCAUGCCUGUGGUGCGGUGGGGCGGGCAGGCAGGGGGGCAAGGGGAGGCAGCAGGGGGGUGUGCAGCAGUGGAUGGGGAAGGAAGGUGGAGAGGGACGUUGGAGCGGCAAGUGGAGGAGGAGGUGGUGUGGUGGGUGCAGCGAGCCAAUGAGGCGCUGCCACUUGUCGCGUGUGUGGAGCAGCAGAGUGCAGAGGCAAGAGACUCGCUGGCGCUGCAUGCCCUCGCCCUGGCGCUCUUCCCCAUGCCACCAUCAUCUGCUCCCUCCUCCUCCCCUCUCCAAGCCCACUCGCCCGCCACCACCACCAGCAGCCCCUCCCAGCGCGCGGCCCUGCUGGCCCUGCUGCACCUGCAGACCUCCCGCCACGCCACCGCUGCCAUCGCUGCCGCUGCCGCCUCUGCCCGCCUCGUUGCUGCCGCCGCAGCUGCUGGCGAUGCAGGCAGCGUGGGGCCGGGGGGGACGAGUGCAGAGAGCAGUGGUACGAUGAGGGGCGCCGGGGGUGUGAGUGCGGACGUGGGAGAGGGGGACGAGGUGGAUGAUUUAGACGAGCUUGAUGAGUUGGAUGAGCUGGAUGAGGAUGGCGGCGGUGCUCCAGGUGGCAGUGAUGACGUGGCACUUGACGAGCUUGAUGAGCUGGACGAGGAGGAGGAGAAGCAGAGCGGUGGGGGGGAUGGAAGGGCGGCGCAGGUCCAGGGCAGUGCCACUGGUGCAGCCAGUAACAGGGCGGCAUUGCAACAGCAGCAGCAGGUCGAGGAAGCAUGGGAGAGCACACAGGAGAGCCGGGAGGAGUGGGUGGCGCAGGUGGAUCGCUGCCUCCUCGCCCUCACCAGCUCAGCAGUGGCGUACAGCUGGCAGGAGAUGGCCGAAGCUGACGUGGCGUUUGUGGGUGGCAGGCUGCGGCGGGCACUUGCUGCAGCAGCCAUGGCGUUUGAAGAGAUGGUGGAGGCGAUGGGGGAGGGGAUGGGGGAGGAAGGGGAUGGGGUUAGGAGACGAUUGGAGGCAAUGCCAUUGGACGUGGCAGGUGGUGCCCUCUCACUGCUCUCCAUGCUGCUCGCCCUCCACUCCCACGCCUCUGCUGCCCCCACUGCCACCACCACUGCCAGCAGCAGCAUCUUCCCGCUGUGGGCGUCAGCCUCUGCGUCUGCAUCCCCGUCCACGCUGUGGGCAUCGGAGGCGAGUGCAGCAGUGGUACGGCAGGGCUCGGAGCAUGCCCUGCGCAUCUUCCUUGCCACGGGGCUCGCAGAGGCGACCCUCCCUCACACCACCGCUGCCACCACCGCUGCCGCCAGUGCUGCCAGCAGUGCAGUCAGCAGCGCUGCCACCAGUGCCGCCACCAGUGGUGCCACCAGUGCUCAGAGCAGCCAGCCAAUGACAGCCUGGCGCCUGCAGCAUCCACUCUUCUUCCGCCAGCUGUCGCGCGCAGUGCUCGCUGCCCCUCCCAGGGCGGUGGAAGCAGCGGUGCGGGCGGCGGAGAUCUGGGGGGCGGGGCGAGGGCCAAUCGCAGGGCUGUACGCACUCAUGUGUGGCCCAUCGCCAGGUGGCAGCGUGCGAUUGGCUGCUUUCUGGUGUCUGUCCAGGGAGCAGGUGUUGCCUGCUGCCGUGGGGGCAGGGGUGGUGAAGGGCGGAGGAGAAGGGGAGACUCAUGGAGAGCCAGUUGGUGACGGUGUCAGACCUGAGCUGGCACAGAUCUUGCAGCCGGCCAAUCGGAAGGAGCUGUUGACGUCAGCCCUGACAUCACCACAGCGUGUGCGGUUCUUCCUGGCAGCAUGCCUUGUGCUGCACCGCAUGCAAUCCCUCCCCGCCUCACCCCCAUCCCCACCGUCCUCCACCGCAGCCCCCUCUGCAGCAUCCCCAUCCUCCCCUCGCAACCGCCUCGUCUCUUUCAUUCAAGCCACUCCCACUCUCACUCUUCUCCUCGACCUCGUUGCUCAAAACCUCCUCCUCGCCCCAUCCCCCUCACACUCCUCCGCCUCUGCCCGUCGCCUCAUCCAUCUCAACCCCUCAGGACCCCUUCCCCCGGCCAUAGCCCAAGCCGGGGACUUCGCCACACGGGCAGUUGCCCAGGCCUCGCCUUUGGAUGUGGCGCUGGAAGUUUUAACCCUGCCCGGGACAGGCAAAUUAUCGGUGCCACGCAUGCGCAGCCUGGCAGCAGCGGUGUUUGGGGCGGCGCUGCGGGUGGUGCCAGGGGGGGUGAGGCGGUGGUAUGCGGAUGUGAGGGAGAAGGGAGUGCGGCGGGGCAUGGACAUAUUCACCGCCCGAUACUGCAGCGCCCACAUGAUCGCCCUCGAACUCGCCCAAGCGCAGAAGGCGGGUGGCAGCAAGGAGGACCUGACGGUGCGCACACGGCGGUCGGCGCGCGAGGUGUGGGCGGCGUACUGCAAGGACGAGGCCAGGCUGGAGCUCGUCAUCAAGCUGCCCGAAAGCUACCCGCUGCGAGGGGCAGCUGUCGAAAGUUCCAAAGGGGCAGGCGUGAAAGAGGCUGAGAUGCGCAAGUGGCUGCUGGCAGCUAACUCGUUCCUGCUGCUGGGAGGGGGUUCGGUGGCAGAUGCGGUGGUGCAGUGGUGCGAGUGUGCGGAGAAGAAGUUUGAAGGGGUGGAGGAUUGCCCUAUUUGCUACAGUGUCAUUCACUCGUCCAAUGGCAGCCUGCCACGUCUGCAGUGCCGCACGUGCAAGCACAAGUUCCAUCCAGAGUGUCUGUACCAGUGGUUCCAGUCCUCCCACAAGUCCACCUGCCCGCUCUGCCAGACAUCCUUUUAG